AUGCAUACUCCUUCGUUCGUCAAGCUUUUGCUUACUGGCCUGGCCGCCACUUCUGCCGUAAACGGGUUCGACAUUGGCCGACCCACUAUCGUAGCCACUCGUCAUAUUGGUGCCCUAGUUGCUCUUGCUGGAACAGCAUUAGCACUCCCGGCCGUGGAGCCCAGGGCUGAGAUCCAAACACCAAAGAUCCAGGCCCGCGCACCCCACCACGGUGGCAGACCUGCCGGUAAAAAGGGCAAGAAAAACAACGGCAAACGCGAGGUCGCAGCCGAUGAUAAUGAUGAUGAGGACCACGAGCUCGAGACUCGUGCCCCCCACCACGGCGGCAGACCUGCCGGUAAAAAGGGCAAGAAAAACAACGCCAAACGUGAGGUCGAGGCCGAUGACAAUGAUGAGGACCACGAACUUGAAACUCGUGCCCCUCACCACGGUGGCAGACCUGCCGGUAAAAAGGGCAAAAAGAACAACGGCAAACGUGAGGUCGAGGCCGAGGACAAUGAUGAGGACCACGAACUUGAAACUCGUGCCCCUCACCACGGUGGUAGGCCCGCCGGUAAAAAGGGCAAGAAAAACAACGGCAAACGCGAGGUCGAGGCCGAUGACAAUGAUGAGGACCACGAGCUCGAGACUCGUGCCCCUCACCACGGUGGUAGGCCUGCCGGUAAAAAGGGCAAAAAGAACAACGGCAAACGCGAGGUCGAGGCCGAUGAUAAUGAUGAGGAUCACGAGCUCGAGACUCGUGCCCCCCACCACGGUGGUAGGCCUGCCGGUAAGAAGGGCAAGAAAAACAACAACGCCAAACGCGAUGAGGACCACGAGCUCGAGACUCGUGCCCCUCAUCACGGUGGCAGGCCUGCCGGUAAGAAGGGCAAGAAAAACAACAACGCCAAACGCGAUGAGGACCACGAGCUCGAGACUCGUGCCCCUCACCACGGUGGUAGACCUGCCGGUAAGAAGGGCAACGGCAAGAAACAGAACAACGCAAAGGCUUAA